AUGCUGACGAAGCGCUCAAAAUUAUGGAGAAGCGAAAGCCUAACUUCAUGCGUUUUGGCAGAAGUGCGUCGCUCGGUAAAAAAGGUUCUGAUCCGAAUUUCCUCCGAUUCGGCCGAAACCAACCGAAUUUCCUCAGAUUCGGUAAAGCCGCCGGUGAUCCCAAUUUCCUCCGCUUCGGACGAUCUGCUGGUGACCCAAACUUCUUGCGAUUCGGUAAACGAGGCGUCGACCCAAAUUUCUUACGUUUCGGACGUAAACCGAAUUUCCUUCGUUUUGGCAAGUAGACGAAAAAAUCAUCACGUCAAUUCAACUUCAUCGUUCUUCACCUUGACUUCUUCAUCAUCACGACAUCCCCUCAUCUGA